AUGACCAUUGGAGGACCAACAAUCGAGCUUUCUAAUGGCGAAAGGAUGCCAAGGGUUGGACUAGGAACAUGGCAGACAUCUCCAGCUGAGAUUAAAGUUGCUUUGAAUGCAGCUAUUGAUGCAGGUUAUCGCUUGAUAGAUACUGCCGCUACAUAUCAAAAUGAAGAGGCAAUUGGUGAAACCCUCAAAGAAAUGGUACAAAUUGGAAAAAUUACUCGCGGUGAACUUUUCAUCACCACCAAG